UGCAGCAGAAUAAGAAAAAAGGCAAAAAGGAACAAUUUUUCUUCCUUUUGCGUGCACCGUUCUCGAUUCUUUUGGUCUUUUCCUCCACAAAAUUAGCAACGAAGGGAGACGAAAGGGAAAUUCCCACUUCCGUUCCCUCUCUCUCCCUCUCUCUGGCGUCGCUUCUUGUCCCUCCAUUAUUCGCUCUGGCUUCUCUCUCCCCUCCCUCCCUCCCUCCUCCCGUGGGAUCUCUUGUUCUUGAAGCGAAACUAGGUAGCAGCUCAUUAGUUGAAAUCAGCCGCAAUCACUUCAAGAGUAUGUGCAUUUGCUAUUGAGUGAUAAUUACAGAGUAGAGCGAUGCAGAACAGCGGUUCUCAAACGCCUCGGGCUCGGCAUCGUAGGCGUUCCAGUGAGGUUGUUCAAGAAGCCAGUAAAGCAAAUGGAACCCAUUUGCUUGUUAACGAUCAAAAUAAGUACCGAUCGAUGUUGAUCAGGGCUCACUCGUCUGUGUGGAUGAUUGGGGGAUUUGCGUUAGUUAUUUACAUGGGUCACCUAUACAUCACUGCCAUGAUUGUCGUUAUACAAAUUUUCAUGGCAAAAGAACUUUUCGCUCUACUAAGGAGAGACCCUGAAGACAGACGUCUCCCAGGAAUUAGGAUGUUGAACUGGCACUUUUUCUUCACGGCGAUGUUAUUUGUAUAUGGACGCAUUCUCAGUCAACAACUAGUCAACACUGUAACAACGGAUAAGGUUUUAUAUAAGCUUGUCAGCAAACUUGUCAAGUAUCAUAUGAUUGCCUGUUACGCCUUGUACAUUGCAGGCUUUGUGUGGUUCAUUGUUACUUUAAAGAAGAAGAUGUACAAGUAUCAAUUUGGCCAGUAUGCCUGGACACACAUGAUUCUCAUUGUGGUGUUUACUCAGUCUGCUUUUACUGUUGCCAACAUCUUUGAGGGAAUAUUCUGGUUUCUUCUUCCAGCAACGCUUAUUGUGAUCAAUGACAUCGCCGCAUAUAUCUUCGGCUUCUUUUUUGGAAGAACCCCAUUGAUCAAGUUGUCUCCAAAGAAAACUUGGGAGGGAUUUAUAGGAGCAUCUUUUACUACUAUGAUCUCUGCAUUUGUGCUUGCGAGUAUUAUGGGCCGUUUCCAGUGGCUAACAUGUCCGAGGAAGGAUUUAUCUACUGGUUGGCUCCACUGUGAUCCUGGACCAUUUUUCAGGCCAGAGUAUUACUCUAUAUCCGGAUUGUUUCCUGAAUGGUUUCCAUGGAAAGAGGUGGCAAUAAUGCCAGUCCAAUGGCAUGCUCUCUGUCUUGGUCUAUUCGCGUCGAUUAUAGCACCUUUUGGAGGCUUCUUCGCUAGCGGCUUCAAACGUGCUUUCAAGAUCAAGGAUUUUGGUGACAGUAUUCCAGGACAUGGUGGAAUAACCGAUAGAAUGGAUUGUCAGAUGGUGAUGGCUGUGUUUGCAUAUAUCUACCAUCAGUCAUUUGUAGUGCCUCAGAACUUGUCAGUCGAGAUGAUCUUGGAGCAGAUUCUAAUGAACCUUACUCUCGAGGAACAGCAAGCCCUGUUCAUGAAGCUUGGGCAAAUUAUCAACGAGACGAUGAUUGCACACUCAUAAGUAAGCAUUGCAGCAUCCAAGGACUUUUCUUAGUUAACUCAUCGUCAGCCAUUGACACCGAGCAUGGCAUGCCCGCAGGAGCUCAGUGACAAAAGGACACUGUAUAUGCUGUCGUUUCUGUCAGUAUUUGCAGCAUUCGCAACUGCUAGGGAGGCUUUUUGUUGGAUGAAUGUUUUGUACAGUGUAUGCUAACCAAUUGCGUAGGUGAAGUCUUGAUUGGCUAUAUCGGUCUGUGAAACUUAGUCUGCUUCUUUUGUCCUCUGUUACUCUAUUUGGCCCCUUUGGAGGGACAGUGCUUACCGGCGCUUUUUCCAAAUUGUGACUAUUGAGAAACAUCAGAUGCCCGAUUAUCAGACUAAAUGAGAUUAUGUUUAGGAAGGGAUAAGAUUUAAGUGUCCCACCAAGAUGAAUGUCCCUUAAACCUUUUCUCUCAGCGAAUCAUAUAUUCUGAUCUUGUUCCA